AUGGAUGCACCACAAAAUGGCCCCACCGAUGAUGAGUCGCGAUCCUCAUCUCCCGAAUUGGAUUUAGAGGAACAUCAAGAAUAUCGCGAUAUCUCAUCACCGGUUCAGGAUCCUACCACUGCUAUACAAGCGAUUCACGAAGCGACACCAGAUAGGAGGUAUACUCUUCUUCUAGAAAUCGUAUCGACCAUUCCAGCUGCCAAAGCUCUCGCUGAGGAAAGGCUUUUACUGCCUUUAGCUUCCAGCGGCGAAUCUUCUGAUGUUCAGCCGAACUUGAAGAGGAAAGCGUAUGAAAUAUGUGAGAAUUGCAAAGAAGAGUACUCUGUGGAGAGUAAUGACAAGGGGUCCUGUGUUUACCAUGACGGAAACAAGGAAGUCAAUUAUAAGAGCGACAUGUGGAUUGAUCAUGAUGAUGAUUGUCACGGCGACCCCGACUCUUUCGCCGAUGAUCCUAACUAUGCGGACGGCUUUCGAUGGGGGUGUUGCGAGCAAAAUUCUGAGACUGAAGGAUGUGUUGUUUCGAGACAUGUCCCGAAGAAAGUGGAUGAGUCUAAGAAAGCGAGGACGGUCCUCACGCCUGUGUCUGUGAACAUUAAUGCGAACGCGGCAGAUUCAUUUCGUGGGCCGGGUGGACGGAGUGUAGUGAGCUGA